GCUACGGCUACUUCUUCCUCCCCACGCCACCCCACCCCACGCAGAGAAGCCCUCGCCUCGGCGCCUCGCCACCGCGCGCGCGCCGCCUCGCCCACCAAGUGCUCGACCAAAGUUCCGCUCCGCCUCCCGCCGAGCGGCGAGCCAAGCCACGCCACGCCACGCCGAGAAGCGAGAAGCCGAGGGGUAGCUACUCGCCACCGGGCGCGCGCUCGCUCGCUCCUGCUCGCCUCGCCUCGCCACCGCGACGCGACGCGACGCUGCGCCUCGCCUCGCCACCGCACGGACAUCGAUCGCUCGCUCGCUCGAUGAUGGAGGUUUUCCGUGGUGUGGAGUUUGCGGCGCUGCGGCUCUGGCCGUGUGGCUCAUUCCUCCACGCCGACGAGGACGGGAGGUCUGUCUACCACGGCAGCGUCCGCGACGGUGACGCCUGGUUGCCCAACGCGGUGUGGGCUGUCGAGGAGCUCGUCGCCGGGGCGUCCCAUACGCGCUACGUGCUCCUUCGCGGCGCCUACGGCCGGUACCUCGGAGCCGGAGCCCCCGACGCCCGCGACCGCGACCAGGAGCGCUGCGCCUGCCCGCUCCCCUCCUGCCCGCUCCCCUGCUGCUCGCUCCAGGCGGCGCAGCGCGACCGAGAUGAUGCUGAGCCCGACGACAUCAUGUGGCGGCCUAUCGGAUGCUCCGGCACGGACAUUGCCGGCAGCGUCGUCCUUCUGCAGGACAGGUCCGGGCGCUACCUGCGAGGGAACCAGGGUUUCCUGUCUCGCCACCACGGCGUCUCCGUCGACGUCAACAUCGGCAACGAGAUGACGUUGCGGUGGGAGGUUGUGCGCGUUCGAGUCCCCACUCGUCCGGAGCGACCGAUCGUGCCUCACUUGCCGUGCUGGCCCCUUCUGAAUAGGGAGAUCCAAUUCGUGACUGUCGAUGACGCCGAUAACUUCGGUUUCGGUUCGGUUCGAUUCACUGGUCGAUCGGUGGAUCUCCUGAGAGAGGACCUUAUGCGACGUAUUGGUUACGACGACUUCACCAUGUGUGUCCGGGCCGGCCGCCAUGGGCGGCUCACCCCUCUGUUCAUUGACCUGCCUCACAGCCGGGAGACACUGUGCAUUGUUCUUAUCAGGCCCAACACCCCAGUGAAUGAUCGGUUGCUAACAUCAAUUCUGAAAGCUGAGGAUGAUGCUACAAAGGCUGCUGCUGUGGAGCUGCAGCACCGGCAAGAAUUGCUGUGGGAGAGGGAGGAAGCGCUAAGAGUCCGGACGGAGACAGCACUUCGGCGAUGGGAGGGGAGGCUUCAGGGGAGGGAAAGAGCAACCAGAGUCCGGGAGGACGCGUCGCUGCAGCGCUGGAUGGAGGGUCUGGGGAGGAGGGAGCUCGCCCUGACGCAGCGAGAGGAGAGGGUGAGCGGGAUGGAGGCAACACAUCGAGCGGCUACCAGCAGAGAUAAACCCUCUGCACCUCUACUGAAGAAGGAGGAUAACAUCUGGGAGAAAAGGCAGAUGUCAUUGAGUAUUUCCCUUCUGACUCCAUUGGCACUCCUAUUCUCUGUACGGCCACUCAUACCUGCUGAAUAUGAUCAUUACAUUUUGAUGGCCUUCAUUGCCAUUUGGGGAUUGGGCAGCCUGGCUUUUCAAUUUGGAUUGUUUGGAUCUAAUUCUGGUGAGAAGUCCUUCAGCCGCUUCGUCUUUAUUAGUUUCACUGCCCUGGUCCUAUACACUCUUCACUUGGAGAUGAUGGAAGCGAAGGGAUACUCUGCAGCACCUUUGUCACCAUUGGCAGAUGUCAGUAAUGUCACCCUGUUCCCAGUGGUACUGGAUGAUCAAACUUGGACAGUGAUUUUCUGGAUCUACUUUGUGCUCGUGCUUUCCGGACAUCUGUAUGCUUGGGCUACGGCUUACAUCACAGGGUCUGACAAAGAUUUGGAGUAGUCCAUGCCUUCACAUUUUCGUGAGAUGUUUGUUUUUUUCACGGCCCGAGGACAAGUGGCCCAGUAGAGGAUAAGAAAUCAAACAACCAAUGGACCAGAUGCAUAUAUUAGUGUACUGUUGCAAUUGCACCCUCUCUUGACCUUUUUUCCUGUUAGGAUAAACAUUCACGUCAUGAAACUUGUUCUUCUUAGCAAUAUUAUUUCACCCUUAGGUGGUGCUAUUUUCCUUAUAUGAUGAUCAUACUGUUGUUA